UCGCGAAUCUAGACACAUCGUGAAAAUACGUUCGUCGGGAAACGUUUGUAUUAUUUCGAGAAUAUGUUUACAAAACAUAUAAAGAUCGCACAAUUACUGCUUUUGUAUUGUGUCAUCGUACAAAGUUACGUCGCAACUGAAAAUAGAUUGCAACAAGACGCUAAUUUCUUUCAAGACUUGUGUAAUAAUAUAACAAACAAUAAUGAUAAUAAAGAAGGAAAGAAUGGUUUAACCGAGUACAACCUAUUACCUUUCUUCUUGUUCUCAUAUAAGUGGAACGUUUCUGAUGUCUAUCUCUCAAAAUCAUCUGUCGAAGGCAGAACUUUCAAUGAGCAUCCACUAGAGGAUCAACCUUCAGUACCCGUAGAAAAAAGUGACAAUAAAGUGAAAGGUCGAAAGAUAAACGUCAACGUACUCAUAAAGCGCAUUAAAUUGAUCGUAACCUACAUAAAGAAAUUUCAAAAAGAUGCAACGAGUGCUGUUAUUAAUACCCUUGAAAAUUUUAAAGAAGAUGACUUCGACGAAAACCUUUUGCUUACCUUCGUAAUGAUGAUACAUCAAUGGACCUCCGAUGUAAUAGUCUUAAAUAAUAUCGGCAAAUCGUAUUACGAGAAAAUCUUAAUGCUUCCAAAAAGAUGUACACCCCAUCUGGCACAGACUAAUUACGCACUGCAAGAUCGUAUAAUAAUGUCCUCCGAUAUCAUAAGCAUCAUUAAAAUAAUCCAUAAUCAAUUACAUACAAGGAAAUCAAAGGAAUUAUUGGAGGAAAAGAGCCAUACAAUGAAACGUAAUUCGACGGCCGAACAGCUCAUAAAACUAAUUAAAUCGAUCGUAUUUGAAUUAAACGAGAAACUAAAUUCUGAGGAAACUAUAAUAUCGUCACGUCUCAAUGAGGACAUAGUCAAACUUCAAUUGUUCUCAUAUAAAUGGGUCUUUAAUAUACGUUAUCCAAAUAUCCGUACAAAAUUUGUCAAUGAGAACUCCCAGUCUUCAUUGAAAAAUCAGUCUUCAUUGCCCAUAAACAUGACAGAUAAACAUGACAACGAACCAACAGAUCAGCAGAAAAAUGCCACAGAUGUCUUGAAACGCGAAGGUAGAUCGUUGACGAUCGAUGGAAAGACGAUUGAUGAUUCUACUAAAAUGGUGUGCAAAUUCAGACAAACCAUACACCACUCAUUAGAAAUGCAGCUAUACAUUUUCGGACGGAUAACACAUCAGUGGGUCUCUUAUAAGGACUAUACUACUGAAGGAAGAUCUUUAAAUGACUUUCAGCUUCCACUGGAAGAUGAAUCUUUCUCAUUGCCUGUGGAAGAGAGCGGCUGUGAACUGGAAGAUGACGAAAUAACCAUCAAGGACUUCAUGGAUGAUGUUAAAUUAACUAAGCAUCAAAUAAACGAAAACUUAAAGAUAUUCGAGGAAACAAUGAACACUGAUAAUGAAUCUUCUCAAAAAUUACGAAAUGCCAGGGAAUAUAUACAUGUUAAAAGAUCUAACGUUGAAUCAAUCAACGAAUUAUUGAAUUAUCUUCGAUUAAAGUACAUAUUAACGAUAUAUCGGUGGAUUUCUAAUAUAAUAAUUUACAAUACCAUUGGCAAAACGUCUCUCAGUCACAUCUUUCCAUAUCUAAGGAAAUGUCAACCUAUGUUUCCCGUAAAAGAGACCAACGAGCAACUAAAGGAAUUUGAGGAAAUAAGUGAUGAAAUUAUUUAUCUCGCCCAGUUGCUCCAGAUUGCCUCCACAAUUUGAAGAUACUUAUACAACACAUAUUGGCGAUGAAAAUAUUAUAAUAUGUUCUUUAAACUGUUUAAACAUAAUGUACUUUGAUUUCUCAAAGUAUUUCGUUCAAUUUAUAUAUUGCAUUUGAUAUUAAGGAUCCACUGGAUAAUAGUGAAUU